CUCAGUCUAUAGUUUUCAGUGAAUAUCGUUAGAAUGGUGGAAUUAAAGAAUAUUAUCGCUCUAUUCUCCCUGUUUUACAUCACGACUGGAUUUCCACAAGAAAUCAAGAAGUGUAAAAUAAGUGAUGAAGUAUGUUUAGUGAAGAUAGCAAACGAAAUGAUCCGAAGCAAUGAGAUGUCCAAAAAAAUUGGACUUAAUGAGGUUGAUCCAUUGCUCAUUAAAAAGAUGGACAUUGAACAAGGUGGAAAUGCAUCUGUUACUAUAAAUCUCAAAUUUAGAAAUGUCAAUUUAAAUGGACUGGCAAAAUCUGAAGUCUAUAAAAUAACCGGUUUUAAAGAAGAUCCUGACAAAAAUAAAUUGGAAAUAAAAUUUAAAGCACCGCUUGGAACAAUUCAAGGACCAUAUCAAAUAAACGGAAAGAUAUUAGUACUUCCAAUUCAAGGAAAGGGAAACGUUACACUCAACUUAGAAAAUCUUGAUAUUUCCUUGAAGUUUUUAACAACAAAAGUUGAGCGUGAUGGAAAAAUAUACAUGCACAUAGAACGUUCUAAAUUCAGUUAUGAUGUAACUGGAGCUAAUGUAAACUUCACUAACUUAUUCAAUGGUGACAAAGCCUUAGGUGAUAAUAUGAAUGCAUUCUUAAACAUCAACUGGAGAAUCUUACUUGAUGAGCUUAAGAAACCCAUCAACACAUCAUUCGCUGAAGUUUUUAAAAACUUAUUAAAUAAUAUGUUUGAAAAGACACCUUAUAAUGAAUUUUUUGAAAAGUAAAAAAACUCUACAUUUGUAAGCUAGUGUUAAUUUACCUAUUUAUUACCCAUGUGAU